UCAGGUUUGAAUUAAAACAAAAUGGUACGAUUAUCCAGAUGUUCACGAAUGUUGAUUUCAAAUUGUUUCAAUACUGCUCGACGAUAUUACAGCACAUAGCGUGAAAAUGAAUUGAUCGAACUAGUAUUACUUACAAAGGGAUUUAGAGGUUUAUGUCUAGCAAAAGAGCGAUAUGCAGUACAUAUUGGUGUACCAACAUCACAGAUAUUUCAUAAUGUGUUUCAAUUAAUAUCAUUUAAAUUUGGAGAUUUUAAGGAAAUCCCCCAUUUUUCGGCUGAUCUCGAAGUCUACGAACAUCAUAAUCAAUGUGUUGUACUAUUGUCUACCGCGUAUGUACAUCAAAAAACUAAAGAAGUGAAAUUCAUUUAUACAACCGGUACAAUUGGGCAGAAUACAAUUUUAAGUUACGUCCACGGCGUAACCCAAUAUUUAGCUGAAGAUCUAACGCCUUUAAAUAAUCGUAAGAGCAGUUGUGAUAGUCAAUAA